AUGGCGGCCCCAGGGGUCGAUGCCUCAGCGGGCAGGAUACCCGUGCUCUUGCUCAAGACCAGAUCCAGCCCCAGCGAUGCCUACGAGGAGCUCUUCUCGUCACGGCAUAACGGCUUGCACUUCGAGCCCAUCUUUGUGCCUGUACUCGAGCACAAGUUCCGCGACACAGAGAUGAAGCUUGUCGCCGGCUUGUUGCAGAGAGGUGAGAUGGGGAAGGGCCCCGAGUGCACGUAUGGCGGCAUGGUCUUCACUUCGCAGCGAGCCGUCGAGGCCUUUGCAAAGCUCGUGCGCGAGACGCCGGCCGACGCGCCGUGCCGACACGCACUGGCCGAGGUGCCCGUCUAUAGCGUCGGCCCGGCCACCACGAGGGCCCUCAGGGCCGUGAUGCAGGAACCCUCCCUCCAGAUCUUUGGCGAGGAGACGGGCAACGGAGAGGCACUCGCUCCCUUCAUCAUGCAGCACUACGGCCAGUGGUACGAGGACAGGGUGCCGAAGCCCCCGCUACUGUUCCUGGUUGGCGAGCAGAGGCGAGACGUCAUCCCCAGGACGCUCAUGAGCGAGUCCCUCCCCGAGCUCGACAGAAUACGGGUCGACGAGACUGUCAUCUACGGCACGGGGGUCAUGGAGUCGUUCAAGGACGACUUUGAGCAGGCUCUGAGCGCCACCCGCGACCGCAGCAUGAGAUGGGUCGUGGUCUUCUCGCCGACGGGGUGCGACAGCAUGCUACAGCGCAUGGGGCUACUGGACUCCGCAACGGGUGAGGCCAGGUCGAGGAGGGCCCAGGGCCUGGAGUCUACCCUGAUCGCUGCCAUAGGGCCGACGACACGAAAGCACCUCCAUUCAUUUGGGUUCGAGCCCGAGGUCUGCGCCGAGCAGCCGAGCCCGGAGGGUGUGUGGAAUGGCAUCACCAGGCAUAUGGCAGGCUUGGAGGCGCACGGGGCGGAGUGA